AUGGCCCUGGCGGAACUUCAUGGUCGGCAGGAUGAGAACGAUUGCACCAUCCACAGCACCUGCGACCAAUGCUUUGGCGAAGGCUACAUUAUCUGCGACACCAUGGGCUGCUUCAACCCGGAUAAACACGAGCAGUGCUGCUCCGAAGCAUACGUUUGCAUCGGCAAAGACAACAGCUGCUGCAGCGCGUGGGGCGGCCCCGGGAUCACGGGCACGGCCGGCGUCCCCAACGUGACGGCGGCGCUGACGGAGACGGCGCCGGCGCCGACCGUGUCGUCGUGGUCGUGCACGCGAUUCGACUCGGGCGAGGCGUGUUGCCAGCGCGCCCCGAUCCCGCUGCACUGGUGCUCGGGCGACUUCCCGAACCAGCGCUGCUACAACCCCGAGAACCAGUUCUGCUGCACCGACGGCACCGUCUGCGAUGAGGCGGGCUGCUGCGAGUUGUUUGUGCGUUGA